CUUAUCUUAUCCAUCUCAUCACGUGCCUUGGUGUGUGCCUCCCCACAGGCUGCCACACGGCGUUUUCGUCGGUGGAUCUCAGACCGACGAGAUUUUAAUGUACCGAAUGGAAAGAUAGGAUUUGGGCAUAGUCGAGAGCUUGUUUGCAGACUGUUGUCCCUAUAAGGCUGCUUCUUGUAUAUCGAACUCAUCAGUCUUGGCCGCCAAGUCCCAGCCCUAUCCCUAAAGCCAGCCAAGCUUUAGAACGGCUCCUAUCUCGCGGCAUGCUAUCUGCUUCUGUUUCCCCGCACUCGGCACAUCCAAUCUCUGGGCAUUCAGAACCGCUCAUCCAACCAUGGAGGACUCUUCGUCGUCGGCCGCUGAGCGGCAGCCCCUCCUCGGCCCUCUUCAGCCCUCAUUCUCGGCCUCGUCGUCCGGCAGCACAAUAGCCAGCUUUCAUCCAGGGCCGCCCAGCAUGUUCACCAGCCUCAAGCGCCGCCUUGCCGUCUCGGACGACUCCGAGGUCAACCAUGGCUUCCGCACCACCCACCUCAUCAACCCGGACAUAGCUCCGAUGCCCCCCUCCCGCCGGAUCUGGGGUCGGCCCCAGUACCUUGCCUUUUUUGCCAUUGCCCAGUUUACCAUCACAGCCUGGGCGGCCAGCGCCGCUAUCCUUGGGCUGGGUCUCGCAGUGUGGGAGGCCGUCGUGGCGCUUUUCGUCUCGCAGGUAUUUGUCGUCACCGUCGCCUCCGCCACCGGCUGGGUCGGUGGUGAGUGGCAUGUGGGAUUCACUGUCGUCCAGAGGAUCAUUUUUGGCCAGCUCGGUAGCUACAUUGGCAUCGCCAUCCGGGUCACCCUUUCCGUCGUCUGGUACGCCAGCCAGGCCUGGCUCGGCGGCUUGUGUGUGACCGCCAUGAUAAGCUCAUGGAGCAGGGCCUUUCUCGAGAUGCCAAACACCUUUCCCGAGGAUGCUCACGUCGCCACUCGCGACUUUGUCGGCUUCGCAGUCUUUCAGCUCAUCAGCGUCCCGCUCAUGUGGUUCCGCCCAGAAGUCGCGAUCCGGCCCGUUGCCAUUGCAAACUGCGUCACCUUUUGCGUCAUGCUGUCCAUCACCGCGUGGACCUGCCACACCGCCGGCGGCGUGGGCCCGUUGAUCCGCGCUCCCGGUCCGCCCUCCCCUGACCGAGCCUGGACCUGGUUCUACGCCAUAACCAGCGGCAUCGGAGCCAUCAGCGCCGGCAUCCUGAACCAGGCAGACUUUACCCGCUUCGCCAAGCGACAGGGCGAUCAGGUUCCGGGGCUGGCCUUUGCGACUUUUGUUCCGGGCACCAUGGUCCCGUUGAUGGGGAUUCUGACGGCUAGCGCCAGCCUGGUGGUCUGGGACGGCCAGCCGCCGUUUUGGAACCCCCUGUACAUUGUUAUACAGUGGAUGGUGGACGACUAUACUGCGGGCAGGCGUGCGGCUGCCUUUUUCUGCUCGCUCGGACUGGUGUGUAGCCAAUUGGCCGAGAACAUCAUGGGCAAUGGAUAUGCCGCCGGGAUGGACCUCGCCGGCCUCUUCCCUCGCUACAUCAACAUCCGCAGGGGUUGCAUGAUUUGCGCCGCGCUUUCGUGGGUCGUACAACCGUGGUUGUUUUACAACACUUCUUCCGUGUUUGUCGCGACCAUGGCGUCUUUCUCGGUCUUUCUGGCCCCUUUGACCGGGAUCAUGGUGACCGAUUACUUUCUCUUGCGCAAACAAAAGAUCGAACUCUCUCAGCUGUACACCCUCGACAAAGACGGUAGCUAUUUCUUCACCCACGGCUUCAACCUGCGAGCCAUACUGGUCUGGAUUCUCUGCUUUGUUCCAGCUGUGCCUGGCAUGGUAGGUCGAUUGAACCCAAACAUCAGCGUCCCUGAUGGCUUGGUCAAGUAUAACACGGGGAACUACUUUUUUGGUUUCUUCUCCGCUUCCCUGAUAUACUACGUCGUCGUGCGAAUAUUCCCACCCAAGAAUCUGGGUUGUGCCGACCCUGUCGACAUGUAUGGCACCUUUACCGAGGAGGAGGCCCGGAGGAAGACCAUUGCACCGUUUGAGCCGGCAGACCCCAACGCCGAGCCGGCGAAGCUCGACGAGGCUGCGGACGUGCCGGAAAGUAGCAAUCGGGCGGCUGCUCGGGAUGUAUAGCGCGAAUGGUAGGCAAUUCAGCUGGAUUUGUGAGACUAGUGUAGAAACAGUCUCCUGCGCAAUUUAUCGUCAUCUGUGCUUUUGCCAAGAACCCCAUACGCUCGCUGCCCAACAAAUUUCAGAUGCCAAACAAAAACAGUGCCCACUACAUGCCAGUAGCCUUAAAAAGUAAGCCAAAGCGAAUGCAAAAGCAAGCACAACCCAUUCAGGCAACUCUUGAAACGACAAAACAAAAAGCUCGCUAGCCACCAAAACUCACACUCAAUCCUUGGUGACGUACAGAUAAACAACCGGACUCUCCCCCGGCAGCCCGCUCCUCGUCUUGUCCCACCCGACCUCCUUGAGCGUCUUCUUGCA